UCAGCUUUACUGUGGCUUAAUUUAGGCACCAGCGACGGUCACGCUGCAUAUGUGUGCAAAAUUUUUAAUAAAAUUAUUAACACAAAAUUAACACGAAACUAGCUUCUUAAAGGCAAAACCAGGUCAACGCGCCAUGCGACUCGCUCUGGCCCCUGUGGCCAUCCUCGCCCUUUUCGUCCUGGCCGACGCAGUGGACCCCGGCAACUUCAAGACCUGCGAACAGAGCAGCUUCUGCCGACGCUCGCGGAAGGUCCAGAGUGCAGGCAGCAAGUAUGCCUUGAUUCCGGGAACCCUGAACACCUAUGCGGACUCGCUGACAGCCGACCUGGUGAACAAGGAGAACCACCACCAGUUCGCCUUUAAGUUGGAGGCCCUGAAGGGCAGCACCUUCCGCCUGCAGAUCGAUGAGAAGCAACCACUUCGACCACGAUACCGCGUCGAGCACGCCCUCAAGGGCCAGCCCCAAGCAGAACACAUUCGCAUCCAGCGGGAGACUGACGGGGUGAUCGUUAUAACAUCGGAGAAGAACAAGGCCGUCAUCCACGGCGAUCCUUUCCGAAUCGAUUUCUAUGAGAACGACGUCCUGGUGGUCUCGGUGAAUGCCAAGAACUGGCUUUACUUUGAGCAUCUGCGUCAGAAGAGCCAGGAGCAAACUCCCGAGCCCGCUCACGAGAACCAGCAGGAGCAGGAUGCUGCUGUGGAAACCCCCAAGGCAGCUGACGCCAUCGAUGACCCCGGUGCUUGGGAGGAGAACUUCAAGUCGCACCACGACUCUAAGCCGUACGGGCCGGAAGCAGUGGCUCUGGACUUCUCCUUCCCCGCCGCCGAGGUCCUGUUUGGUAUUCCGGAGCACGCCGAUAGCUUCAUUCUGAAGUCCACCUCGGGCACAGACCCAUAUCGCCUGUACAACCUGGAUGUGUUCGAGUACAUCGUGGACAGCAAAAUGGCCCUGUACGGAACGGUGCCAGUGGUAUAUGGUCAUGGACAACAGCACACUGCAGGCGUUUAUUGGCAGAAUGCAGCCGAGACCUGGGUUGACAUCCAAACUUCAGAAACCAACGUCGUCUCUUCGUUGGUUAACUUCGUGUCCGGCUCGCGCAAGACUCCUCCACCAGCUGCACACUUCAUGUCAGAGUCGGGCAUCGUAGACGCCUUUAUCAUGCUGGGUCCCAAGCCCAUGGACACUUUUAAGCAGUACGCUGCCCUGACCGGAACCCACGAGUUGCCUCAGAUAUUUGCCCUGGCCUACCACCAAAGCCGAUGGAACUACAACGACGAGCGGGAUGUAACUUCCGUGUCAGCGAAAUUCGACGAGUUUAACAUACCAAUGGACACCAUGUGGCUGGAUAUCGAGUACACGGACGGAAAGCGCUACUUCACUUGGGACAAGUUCAAGUUUCCGCAGCCGCUGACGAUGAUCAAGAACCUCACCGAGCUGGGUCGCCAUUUGGUGGUGAUCAUCGACCCGCACAUCAAACGGGAUAAUGGGUACUUCUUCCAUCAGGAGUGCACCGAUCGUGGCUACUAUGUGAAAACGCGCGAGGGCAAUGACUACGAGGGCUGGUGCUGGCCGGGAGCAGCCAGUUAUCCAGACUUCUUCAAUCCCGUGGUCAGAGAGUACUAUGCCAGCCAAUACGCACUGGAUAAGUUCCAAACUGUCACCGCAGACGUGAUGCUGUGGAACGACAUGAACGAACCGUCGGUGUUCAACGGCCCAGAGAUCACAGCGCCCAAGGAUCUGGUGCACUUUGGCAACUGGGAGCAUCGCGAUGUGCACAAUCUCUAUGGCCACAUGCACCUGAUGGGCUCGUUUGCUGGUCUGCAGCAGCGCGACCCCAACCAACGGCCCUUCAUCCUCACACGUGCCCACUUUGCCGGAUCUCAGCGCUACGCCGCCAUUUGGACGGGUGACAACUUGGCGGACUGGUCACAUCUUCAGCACUCAAUAAAGAUGUGUCUCACGGAGGCGGUGGCCGGCUUCUCUUUUUGCGGUGCCGACGUCGGCGGUUUCUUUGGAAAUCCUGACAGCGAGCUGCUGGAACGUUGGUAUCAAACGGGUGCUUUCUUGCCCUUCUUUCGGGCACACGCCCACAUAGACACCAAGCGCCGGGAGCCGUGGCUUUUCCCAGAACGCACUCGCCAGGUGAUCCAGAAUGCCGUUCUAAAGCGGUACUCCUAUCUGCCCUUAUGGUACACCGCCUUCUACGAACUGGAGUUGACGGGUGCGCCGGUGAUCCUCCCAUUGUUGGCCCACUAUCCUUUGGAUAAGGAGGCUUUCAGCGUGGACAGCCAACUACUGGUGCAAGAUCGCCUGCUGGUCAGGCCCGUCAUGCAGCAGGGCGUCAGCAAGGUGGAUGUCUAUUUCCCGGCUAUUGAUGAAAAGAAAAACGGUGACUGGUGGUACGACGUUGACACUUAUCAGCGCCAGGAACGCUCGGGCUACGUGUCGGUUCCUGUAGACGACAACAAAAUCCCCGUUUGGCAGCGUGGCGGAAGCAUUGUUCCGAAGAAAGAGCGCCAGCGCCGCGCCUCAACCUUGAUGCUGCACGAUCCUUACACACUCAUUAUCUGUCUAGACAAACAGGGCAAGGCGUCCGGCUCCCUCUAUCUGGACGAUGAGAAGUCCUACGACUACCGCCAGGGCAAGCGCAUCCACGUGAACUACGAGUUCACCAACGACCAGCUGGUCAAUCACUUCGUGGGUAAGCCCAAGUACAAGACCGAUGCCUGGAUCGAGCGCAUCGUGCUCGCCGGCCUGGAGAAGGUGCCCAGCAGUGCCAGCAUCACAGUGAACGGAAUCAGCCAGCAACUGGAGGUGCUCCAGCACGACCAAGCCGUCGUCGUGCGAAAGCCUGGCGUCAAGAUGGACGUCGACUUUGUUAUCAAACUGAACUAUGUGUAGUCUGUAGUCGUCGCCACGUAUUACUGUUCUCCUAUACCAAUAUAAAUAUGCAAGUUCUAUUAAAAUUAUGAAAUUAUAAUGUAUUAAGGAGCAGCUCCCCCACUCAAACCAAUUCCAGAGGAAAUCAGUUAAUAGAUUCUUCGAUUAGUUCUUCUGCAUUCUUGUCGGCCAAUUCCCGUAGUUCAUUAUUCGAAGAGUGCAACUCGAGUUCAAUGUAAUUAACGUUUCAAUAAAUAUACAAUUUUUUUAAAUAA